AUGUUAGCCUCGUCCCUCCGCCGUGCCAUGCGCACGACGACAUCUUCUCACUCUGCGUCGGCGGCAAUUGUCGCUUUCCCGAACCUGCUCGUUCCGACCACCACCAGCAUCACAACCAGCAGCAGGGCAACUCGACGAAGAGGAGCUGCUCAACAGCAUCAGCGUCGCUAUUCUUCUUCGUCGUCGAAACCUCCCGUACCGCCUAACGAUGGCUCGAGACCGAUUGAUGCCUCUUCGUCGCAACAAGCGCCUGCCAAUCCAUCCGCGGGAAGGAAAGUGAAGGAGUCUCAGGGACGAAAGGCUGGUGCUGGUGCUGCUGGAGAUGUUACGAAGUCGAGACAAUCCUCUGCAGCGCUGUUGAAUUUGCCUAGCGUGCCUUCAACGCAGGACACGCCGGUGGAAGAUAUCAAAGUUGCCUCAUUCUUCUCCAUCCACAGACCCAUCUCCGUCAGUGCGCCUGUGCCGCCUACAAGCACCGAAAAGGCCUUCAAUACCAUCUUCGAAGCCAACAAAUCCAGACGCGGAAACCGUGCCGCAGAUGUACUCAACACCUUGACCUCGGCGGUUGCAUCAAUGGAGCACGCAAUGCACGGUCAGAGCCAACAGAACAGUCUCCGACACGCCGUCACGCAAGCAUCAGUCAGCAACGGCGAGGCUGGGGCGCGGAUAAUUCAUCUCGACGAAGUCUCGGAGGAGGAAUUGCAUGCCUCCAUCGCCGAGUUUGCGAGUCGAUUAACCCCCUUCCAGCCCCCCGCUGCUCCGGAGCCAUACAACCCGGAAGACGUACUCGAAGCCGCCGAAGCCGCGACUGGUAAUGACGAUGCAGAUAUCAGGACCUAUUCCACCGUGCUCACAAUCCGCGAAACCGCAUACGCGGACGGCCAGCGCACAUUCGAAACCUCCUUUGCGCCCUUGGUCCCCAGCGAAGAGCACAACAUCGAGGAACCAGUCAUCGACGCUGGAAAGUCAUAUAUCGAGCGUACAGUCAACAGGACAAUGUACACCAUCUCCGUGCGAAGACAGCGAAAACUCAAAAUGAAGAAGCACAAGUUCAAGAAGUUGUUGCGCAAGACGAGGACGUUGCGAAGGAAGCUUGAUAAAGCUUAA